AUGCUUGGUGAUGGUGAUUCAUCAACUUAUAAUGCUAUUGUUGAGAAUAAGCCCUAUGGUGAUGACUGCAUCCCAAAUAAAUUAGAAUGUAUCGGACAUGUGCAAAAGAGAGUUGGAAGUCGGUUGCGGAGGUUGAAAAAAUCAGCAAAAGGUGUUAAACUUAGUGAUGGCAAGACUUUAGGAGGCAAAGGAAGGCUAACAGAUGGAAAGAUUGACAUUUUACAAAAUUAUUAUGGUCUUGCUGUGAGAGAAAACUUAAAUGAUGUGAAUAAAAUGGCCACAGCAAUUAAAGCAACAUUAUUCCAUGUUGCUUCAAGUGAUUCGGAUCCUCAACAUCAUCUUUGUCCCGAUGGUGAUGACACUUGGUGCGGCUACAAAAGAGAGAAGGAAUCUUACCAACACAAGAAUGGCAUACCAAAGUGUAUAGUUCAAGAAAUAGAGCCAAUAUUUGAUGAUUUAAGUAAAUCGGAACUUCUUCAAAAAUGCACACAUGGCCUAACACAAAAUGUUAAUGAAUGCUUGAAUGGGCUAAUUUGGGAUCGGUGUCCCAAAACCACCUAUGUUGAACUAGAAACUGUUACUCUAGCUACCUACUUGGCAGUUCUUAAGUUUAAUGAUGGAGAUAUCGCCUUCCUUAAACUUUUUAAAGACCUAGACAUUGAGCCAGGAGUGUUCACACUUAAAGGCGCAGAAAAAUGUGAUGUGUCGAGAAUCAAAUUGUCAGCGAAGAAAAGCAAAGAAUCAGUGAAAAAACAAAGAAAAACAUUAAGGCAUCUUAGAAAAAAGUACAUAGAUGAUGCAGAAGAGAAGGAAGGAGUUGUGUACGAAGCAGGAAGCUUCUAGGGCCAUGAUAAGUACAUUAACUAGUAAUGGAUACAUUUAAAUUGAAUUUUCUCUGUUUUGCAAUUUGAAUGGUGUCAGCGAUCUUUGUGACACUGUAAUUUUGCAAGUAUUUACUGUAGAAGUUUAGAUUUUGGCAUAUUUACUCUUCAUAACAACAUCUAGUGCCUGACACUCUUCAAUUUUUCCAAUCAGUCAUCAUUGCACAAUUAUAGACAAAUUUAGUAAAAAAUACUUUAAAAAAAAGUAUAAAUUAUUCAAAAAUUCAAGUUUUUACUCUGAAUUUUUUUCAAAAGCAAUUUGAAAAAAAAUAAGUGUCAGGCAUUAGAUCAGGUUGUAAGCUUUUCAAAAAUAUAUCAUUCAUAUUAUUUGUGUGCUUGGUUCUUGAGAUAUGGUGUUUGCGAUGCAAAUCAAUUAUGUGUUAAUUAAUGGCCGCCAUAUUGGCUAAUUAGCCUAAUUAGUGACUUUUUCAAAAAAAAUUUUCCUUGGUCAUUUUGUAUCGUAUUUUCCUUUGAAUAAAUGAUGUUUAGGUAGAACUGCCUUAAUUAAGAAAAUCGUAUAGCUUAUUUGUGUGAUAUGCAUUUGUAUGUUGUAAUUUUCUGUUAAAUAUUUGCUAUAAAGAAGAUGCUUGUGAUGUUACUUAGGCCACUACAAGUUAAUCUUUAGUUUCUGGUCCUGCCUUACCUUCGUUUACGACGCGGGCGGGCGGGUGGUUAGGACUAUAGGACAUAAUUACAAUUAGACCAUUGGGCGAAAUUGCUAUCUUUCAGUUUCGUUCCUGAAUAACGAAACUACCUAAACUUUAGUUACUUAGUUAGAUCACAGUAUGAUAAAUAUAAAAUCCAAUAUUUGUUCCAAAAUCUCCUUUGCAAAAUGUGAAAAUUUUAUCUUUUUGACCCUUUUUACAGCUUCGGGGAUAAUGGGGAUUUAGCAGGGAACAUAUCAAGAUUUUGA